AUGACUGCCCCUGAAACGUUCUUCUUUGCUCUACUAAGAAUAUCCAUAAUUCACAUAUUGAAAAGCGUGGGCUUCAACAAAUCUUCUCCAGAGACGAUAGACGUCUUAGUAGAUAUCUAUUUGAGAUACUUGAAGCUACUAGCAUGCACUUCCAUUCAAUUUGCCAACAUCGACAACAGAGAAAAUGAUCAAUUAACAAUCCAAGAUAUCUCUCAGGCUUUUGUGCAGCUAAAUUUUAUCAAACCAAAUUCAAUUUUAGAUUGCCAUGACACUGAAGGGAGCAAUCUAUUGGGAAUGCAGUAUUUCAAGAAUUGGAUCAAAAACGAUCCAAAUUCAAUCUCAGUUGAACCCCUAAAUAAAAUUUACAACAAUUCUAAAAUUAUCUCAAAACCAAGUUUGGAAAUGGUCCAAAACUUGAAAAAUGAAUUGAAUAAAAAUAAUAUGCCAAUUUUAUCAAACUAUGAAACAAUCGCUAUAAACUAUUACAACAAAGCUGUUAAUAAAAGCAUAAGCCAUAGCGGUACCUAUAAUAAUAAUAACAGUGGAAGCAAUGUUCAUUUUCAGUAUCCAAAUCUAUCAAAUCUAUCCAGAUCCGUUCAAACUUCAGUGAUGAAUUUAAACCAAUUGAAUAAUACCAACUACAAUAGUCAAAUCAACAGCCAGAUCAACAGCCAGAUUAAUACACCAGGCUCAACUCCUUUUGUUAACAACUUUAACAGCUUGAGUUUCAACCAUAGCCAUUUAGACCAUCUUCUUAAUAAUGCUCAUAGCCAUCAUAAUAAUAAUAACGAAGAUGACGAUAACGAAAAUGACGAUAACGAAGAGAGUGAUGGCAAUGAAAAUGACCUGGAUAUAGCCAAUGAUUGGAUUAAAUUUCUAUUAAAAUCUCAAUCAAAGUCUCUAAGUAACAAUUUCAAAGAAAAAUAUAGCUCGACAUUACUAAACAUCAAUAAUUAUAUUACAAAUGACUCAAUUCAUUCAAUUCAUUCAAAUAAUAACAAAAUAAUCAAAAUAACGAAAACAAUCAAAAUAAAAAAUAAAAACAACAGAAAUAGUAAUGCUAUAAUGACGAAUAUCAAUAUCAGUAACAUCAAUAAUAACAAUGGCAAUGAAAACGAAAAUGAAAACGAAAACGAAAAUGAAAACGAAAACGAGAAUAAAAUAAAAGAAUCUAUGAAUGUGGAAAAAUACAAUGCAUUUCAAAUAUACGGAGAUGCUCCUAAUUAUUUACUUGACUACUUGCCCUGUGCUGAAAUUUUGAAACAGAAAAAUAUCGAUGGUUUUGACGACUUUAUUGCCGGACAAGAAAAUAAUGAUCUUAAUGAAGAUGACCUAAACCAUUUCAACAGUAAUAAUAAUAAAAACAAUGAACUGGAUACAGAUAUUGAAUUCAUUGGAACUCUUAGUGGUAAUCUAUUUUCUAGUAAAUAA